GUUUGGAGCGGUGAUUUUUUUCCGAGGCGUGCGAAUGGGAGUGGGUGCCAGUGGGCGCGUCGGGCACCCAGCGCGCUCUUCAGUGUUCUGGCUGAGCUUCGAGCGAGCGCGUGCUUGCCCAGUGCGUCCGUGCCGAAGGUUCUAUAGGUCUCGGUUCCAGUGUCGGACUGAUAAGACGGGGUCUGAGUGUCGUGGUCUGGCCGCAUGUUAUCAUGUUGAUAUCGGCGGGCAGCGGCCCCACGCCAGAGUUCUCCCCCGCCUCGUGCUGCGCGCCCUGGAAGAUGGAGCCGGCGCCGCCCGCGCCCGCUGCCAUGCCACAACCCCUCAACAUAUCACCCAAUGUGCCUGUGUCCCCGUCGUCGUCAGGAGGCACCGGUGGCUCCGGGACCCCGCUGUACCCGCCGUCGCACCCCCUCUCCUCCCUGCUGUCGCAACAACGCUUGCUCGAGCUGUCGCGCUUCGGCCUGCGACACUACGACAUCGCGCACCACGUGCUGUCACAGCAAGGUGCUGUUACCAAGUUGCUUGGAACCCUUCGACCACCUGGGCUUAUUGGAGGAAGCAAGCCAAAGGUGGCCACGCCGGCCGUCGUCUCUAAGAUAGAACAGUAUAAGCGGGAAAACCCCACCAUCUUCGCUUGGGAGAUUCGGGAGCGGCUCAUCUCUGAAGGUGUAUGCACCAACGCAACUGCUCCAAGCGUUUCCUCGAUCAACAGGAUACUGAGGAACCGGGCCGCGGAGCGUGCAGCGGCGGAGUUCGCGCGGGCCGCCGGCUACGGGCUGUACGCCGCGCCGCCGCCUUACGGCGCCUUCCCCUGGGCCGGCGGCGGCGGCGUGUGGCCCCCAGGCUCGCUGUCGCUGCCGCCCGGCGUGCCGCCGCCUUCAGGGGUACCGCAUCCUGACAUGCAACAGGGCUUCUUGUCUUCUUCCGGACGAGGACUAAUAGAUGUCGAUGGCGAUGACUCCGGUUCGCUUGACGGAGAACAACCAAAGUUUAGAAGAAAUCGCACCACCUUCAGUCCAGACCAGCUUGAAGAACUAGAAAAAGAAUUCGAGAAAUCUCAUUACCCGUGCGUCUCAACGAGGGAACGCCUCGCUUCCAAGACUUCAUUGUCGGAGGCGCGAGUCCAGGUUUGGUUUUCCAACAGACGAGCCAAGUGGAGACGCCAUCAGCGCAUGAAUCUCCUCAAGCGCGGUGGCGGCUCGCCCGCACACCGCCUGCCCCACUCCCCGUCCCCCUCCCGCUCCCGUUCGCGUUCUUUGUCCCCCGCGCGCGCCCCCUAUCACACGCCCCAGAUGGGCGGCGAGAAUAGUGCUUUCAAGUCACUCUCCCAUCAAGAUACGGCUCUGAAGGCUCUAUCACACCAGGCUCAGUUCGAUAGCAACGCACUGAAAGCGCUGUCGCAGCAUACGUACGAGAGCGGUGCGUUCAAACCGCACCCUGGGCUAGAGAAUAGCGCGUUCAAAGCGCUCGUCCCGCAUUCGGCGGCGGCUGCGUUGCUGGCAGCGCAGUCGAUACACUUAGCUCGCGGAUACGAGUCGCAUUCGGACACGGACGAGGAGAUCAAUGUGCACGACGAGAGUGAAGAUGAGGCUGACAGACACUACAGCAGGGCGCGGUCGCGCUCGCGGAGCCCCACGCGGCCGCGCCCUCAGCCGCCCAGCGAUCUGCCUCUGCAACUCACUAAGCACGACCGUUGACGACUCAUAUAUUAUUCAGUAGUACGUACAGGGUUCAUUUUGAAAUUAUCAACAAUUAAGUUUUUUACUUAAGCAAGUGCCGUUGCUUUACGACUAAUGACACGUUUAAAGAUUUAGAUGUGACCUGUAAAUAUUGUUCUUAUGGUCUUUAUCAUUCUUUGUAAAUGUACAUUCAGUACAUUCCAUGUUAAUUAAGUUGUAAAUAUUUGUUUUAGGUAGCCAAUUAAGCUCGAAAGUAAUUAUUACGUAAAUAUAUACAAGUGAAUGACUGUGCACAAAAAGUAGAUCUUUUAAACAUAAUAGGAAUGUUGACAUUAUGCUAUUUUAAUGAUCGUCAGAUUUUUAUGAAUACUUACCAAAGCAGCUAUUUGGAUUGUAAAGGCACGGUUUUAGGCAAACCAAAGUUCCUAAUAUAUUCCUACUCGAAAUGAUCGAUGUAUCAUAACUUGUAUUAUUAUAAAAAAUUAGGUACAUUUAAUACGUUGUCUGUUGAAUUGUAAUUGUAACACACUUGGUUAUUUUAUUUGAGCAAAUAUAGCCGGGUCACUUCCGUUGUCAAAAGAUGCAACACGAAUAUUUGAUAAAUACGGCCUAUGUUUGCGGCCGAAAUAAAAUGUGUUGAUUUGUAAAUAUUGUUAUCAUUUCGGGCACUAUAUGUAAAUUAUUUAUUUCUUAGAUAAUUAAUAUUUGUACAGUAUGAGAGGAUUGAGAAGUAGCAAAUUACAUACUUACGUACCUACCUAUUACGAUAAAUCGAAUAAAACAGUUGAAGUA